AUGGACGCUUUCCCAGAUGCCUGGGACAGGGCGGAUAGAGGGGGCAACGGCAAAGGCGGAAAGGGAGGAAAGGGAGGAAAGGGAGGAAAGGGAGGAAAGGGAGGUAAGGGUAAGAGCGAGGAGCUGGCACCAGAGGUAUGUGAGGCGUUGGAAGCUCAGUUGCUGGCUUUGAGCCGUGGCACUGAGCUCUCGGCUGUACCGCGUGUGGGGGAUUUGGUGGAUGUCUUCGGGGGCCGCUGUGCCCUGGUGGCGUGUCAUCGGCACGGCGCCCCUUCGCCCCUUCCCAGCUUCAGCUCUGGCGCCACUGCGCUUCGAGCUGCCGGACAGCUCGGCAUAGCUCGGCAUAGCUCGGCAUAG